UAUUCAUGUGUUGUUGAAGGUCCUCAACUUGGCGUAAACUCUUGGGUAAAUCUAUAAAUAUGCCUUUCGAAGUAGAUUCUUUGUGGUCUGCAACUUCAUUCAAGCAAUGGCUGUUGCUGAAAUUAAGUUUACGUUUAUGAGUGCAGUUUUGAUUAUCCUCUUUAUAAAUCCAUGUAUUGGUCUAUUCAUUUGUCCCACCCAGGAAUCCCAAGCUCUUCUUUCCUUCAGAGCAGCCUUGAACGUCUCUAAUGGCAUUCUCAGUUCCUGGGAUAAUGGAACUGAUUGUUGCUCCGUAUGGAAAGGUAUAUCAUGCAAUAUUGUCACUGGCCAUGUAGAGACAGUUAAUUUGAGUGCUUACACGAACUAUGCAGAGCAGGAUUUGCAGAGUGGAGUCAUAUCAAGUAGUCUUUGCAACCUUCCUUUUCUCAAGUACGUCAUCUUGAAAAACAUUGGAUUAAGAGGUAAUAUUCCUUCCUGUUUAGGAAAUCUCUCUUUUCUUCAGGUUUUGGUGUUAAAAAACAAUAGUUUAACUGGGAUAGUUCCCCCUGCCAUUUGCCUGCUCACGAAUCUUAACUACCUAGAUGUAAGCAUUAACCAACUCGGAGGAAUCCUACCACCAUGUCUAGGCAAUCUUACUUCUCUGCGUAAACUCAGUGUCCAUUACAAUGAGUUAACCGGGAAAAUUCCACUUUCCUUGAACAAACUCUCCUUGCUCAACUUCUUGAGUAUUUCCGGUAACAAGUUCAAUGGGAGCCUUCAACUCACUGCGCUUUCCAACCUUGAGCAGCUCUUUGCUCGCAAUUUUUCAUUCCAAGAGAACAUUGCUUCUUCGCAUUUGGCAUUGCCAUCCUCUAUAAAGGUUCUCUGGCUCUCCCACAUUACAAUUUCAGAUACUCUGUUUCAUAACCUUGUAGAAUUAAACUUUUUAUUCCUAUCAUAUUGUACUCUGAAUAUUAGCUCAAGUUGGCUUCCCCGGUUCCAGUUAGCGGGCUUGGAUCUAGUCUCAUGUAGUAUUGGUGGUCAAGUUCCAGCAUGGCUUUCAACUCAGUAUUCAUUAGGGCGGUUGGCAUUGGCUGACGACAAUAUUGUUGGAGAAAUCCCCUCAUGGUUAUGGGAGAACAAUCCUCAGUUGUAUCUGUUCAACCUUUCAGGAAAUCAUUUGAAUGGCAGUCUUAAUAUCCCAACUAGAUUCAUCCGUUGGAUGACAGCAUUUGAUGUAUCUAGAAAUGCAUUCACUGGAUACAUAGCAUCUACGUGGCCUCCAGAUCUGCAGCUCUUGAUGGUUAAUGACAAUUCUCUAAAUGGCAAUAUUCCGCCAAGUUUGUGCAAUUUAAGUAACCUUGAAAAGUUAGAUCUUUCAAACAACAAACUCAGUGGAAGCAUUCCUUCAUGCUUUGCCAACUACAAGGUUAUUCAAAUGUUAAAUCUGGGGAAUAAUAGUUUGAUGGGGAGUAUACCUGAUGGGCUAUGCUCCUCGUCUUUGGUUGUAAGAAAUAAUCAGUUAAGUGGAGCCUUCCCUCCGUCCAUCAGCCAUUGCAAGAGAUUACAAUUUAUAGAUAUUGGACACAACAGAUUUGAUGGGUAUAUUCCAUGUUCAGUUGGAAAUCUGUCAUCCCUUCAAGUGUUGAUGAUGAAUGGUAAUCGUUUCAAAGGAAGUAUUCCUUCAGAAAUUUUCCAGCUUAAACAGCUCCAGAUCUUAGACCUUUCAUCUAACAAUUUAUCAGGCUUUCUUCCACACAGCAUUGCAUCUUUAAGAGCAUUGAGUAUAGCAAGAGAAGACGGCCAUAUGUUAUCUGCUCAGUUGAAUCCUUUUCAUGAAAUAUCAAAAUACAAUGGCAUCAGGGCAUAUUCUGAGUUUGGGUCUAUUCCUACAAUUGUAUACGAAGUUCCUUCUCAUGAUGAAUUGGAUUUGGUUGUCAAAGGAUUACAGUGGCACUACUCAUAUAUCCUUUCCACACUCACAGGUAUUGAUCUCUCAAGCAAUCAUUUAAGUGGAAAAAUUCCGUUGGAUAUUGGAAAGUUGAAGGGGUUGAGGUAUCUCAAUCUGUCAAUGAAUAGUCUCAGUGGAAUUAUUCCACCCAGUUUGGGGAAUAUGAGUCAACUAGAGUCACUGGAUCUUUCUACAAACAGGCUUUCUGGAAAGAUUCCUGCAGAAAUUCAAUUGGUGACUUCAUUGGAAGUCUUAAAUUUGUCUUACAACAACCUCUCAGGCAGCAUACCUCUAGGAGGACAGAUGAUCACAUUUGAUAACACAACAUAUUCUGGAAAUCCAUACUUGGAAGGAUGCCCACUUCCAAAGAAUUGUACUUGGCCAAUGUUUGCUCCUCCCCAGCCUUCUACAAACGAUAUCAAGGACAGAAAAGAAGAUUAUAGAGAGCAAAUACCAUGGUACGUGAUUGGAGUAGGAUCGUCACAUGUAGUAGGCUAUUGCUCUGUAUUCUUAUUGCUUGCAGUGAGAAAGGGAUGGAGAAAGAGUUACUUCAUGUGGGUUGAUACGAUUUUGAAGCUUUUGUUUCCUUGCAUGCGUAAUAAGAGAUUAUGAGGCUUAUUUUGUCAACAAAAUGAAGCAAAAGUAUUUCCCGAGAGCCUGAAUCUUUAUUUUGUUUUUUCAAUUUUCCGUAAUUUUAUUGUCUACUAUUUCUUCGGUCUAUGUUCCAAGUUGAGAGUCAAUUGACGAUUCUGUCUUCGGAUAUUAACUAGCAUCAUGCUUCUGAUAUUGCUUUAGGUGCUUAUUGUUUUUUAAUUUGGCCCGGUCUAAUCAUCUUUGUUUAGACUGUUCAGUUAAACACAGAUGUAUUUUUUAUACUGUACUAUUGCUUUUUAUAAUAUAUAAAGUAUUUAUGA